AUGUAUCGCAUUGUAUUGAUAUUGUCGGCGAUUACACUCGUUUGCUCCAUCGCAGAAUCUCUUCUCGAUGACAACACUCAACUUGCAGUCAACGGAAUAUGUAAACAGACAACAGAUACCAAAUUCUGCGGUGAAGUCUUUGCCAAUAAACUGAUUAAUUCUUCCCCAAGCAAGAAAGAUCUCGUGAACGUGACAGUGACAGAAGCUGAAAGAUUCUCGGCAAACACGUAUUUCCUCAUCAGCACACUCCUUAGAAACGAUGGAGACGAGAGGCCUAAAUCUGCAAAUGACUCUGGUAAGAUCCUCGAUCUCAAUGAUAACUUUUCUGCGAGUGUUGGUAUCUGUAAGACAGAUUUUAUUGCGCCUGGUUAUGAGACUAAUCCGAUGAUUGAGAAAGAGACGAUGGUCUUAAUGGCCAUGCAAAAGAUCGUUGUUCAUAUGGUUUCUUCAUAA